UAUAAUACAAGUUGUUCGUUGAAGUCAUUCCACCAUGGCAGGCGUCUGGUUACUUUUUAGUGUCGCAGCGAUUUUUUUAAAAACCACUAGCGCAAAGUUGGCGUCUUUGCAUCCCGUUCUGGUAGCCCGUUCAUCGCUGGAUUGGAUGCCAAGUAGAGUAAACUCGCUUUACUCCGAUGUGGGGGCAUGGAGCGGAAAAUUUAGGCCUGUUAUGGACGAAAUAGAAUCCGACGAAGCGCUUAGAUUCUAUCAGUUUCUAAAUUACUUGGAUGGGUCGAGUUUCGGAACAGGACCUAUUGAUGAAUUCGUCGAGGCGAUGCAUAGAUUAUCCAAUUACAUGAAACAACAGAAUAGUAGAGAAACGCAAGCUCGAGGCAUGCGAGAACUUGAAGCGAUUAACGGGGAAAAAGGCAACAGUAUUAAGACCGUUUUGGAGGUGAGUACAUUAAUAAUGAGAAAGAAACGCAAGUUCUUCUGCACUGGAGAAGUAAAGGAACCGAUUGUCAACAACAAAAUAAUUUGCAAGGACAGAAUAUUACUUCCUAUCGCUGGUACAUCCUGUAGAGAUGCUAUAAUGUACUGGCAUCCGGAUUUAACUGAAGAACAUUAUUGCGUGGGAGCCCUCGAAGCCAAGAGUGCCGUUCAUAUUAUGGACAUUGAAGGUGAAAUGUUCUGCAAAGGAGAUGAUUAUUCAAAGCGUGAAUAUCUCCUAGCAUGUGACUUUUACGAAGAUCAAGAAUCUCCUGUCGCUGACUUACUUCAGUACUAUCCUGAUCCCGAUCCAGAGAUUAGUCCGAAGUUGUUCUAAGUGUUAACCAAUGAAAGUAUGAUAGUGAUACCUACCUAUCAUACGAACACUUAUGACCGUCCAUCUAAAUAUUAAUUUAAAAAAAUGUUUAAUAAAGUUCUUGAACCAA